UCCUGCCACAGGGGACCCCGAAAAUACCACACAUGAGGUGGUGUCCUCUCCUUUGGAAGUGCCAGUCUCCAUUGUGCACAGAAACGGGACUGAAGAGCUUCUCUCAUCUCAGCCAUAUUCCAGGGAGAUGGGUUUUACCAUGGAAAAUUUCAUAUCCUCCCUGGCCUCUCAGGAGCCUUGUUACACUUACACUCCUGUGGCUUUUUGCAUCAUCCUUCCUUCUCCUCCUUCCCGCCAUCCUUCCCUUUGUCAGGAAUCUCUCUUCUAAAUGAAAACAACCCAGCCAAACCAUUACUACUCUCGAGCAUUCCUUGCAGCUGAAUGUACAUUUCCAUUUCCUAAAUCCCAGAGUACAACCGAGUUGAUCCUUCAGCAACGUGAGACGCUGCUUUUUCACAAACCCUCUGCCGGCACACAGCGAAGGCUAAACCCAGCGAAGGAGGAGCAAGGUGAGUCUGGGAGAUCAGAGAUGAAGAGAUGAAGAGAUGAAGAGAUGAAGCCCCGGGGCUGCUGCUCCCUGCCACCCCCAGCUCUUGUUGUUCAGGGCGUCGCUUUUGGCGGAGAACGAGCGAGCGCUCACGUGGCGUUGGCGGGGCUCCUUUGCUGUGGGUUUAUGGGAAGGUUUGUAGAUCCCACAGUGUUGCCUGGUGUUUUUCAGCUAAUUAAACAGCGUGCUGCAUUUUUAUCUGCCCCUUGCCGUAGCCAUGCCAUCCAGGGCCACCCGAUACCCCUCUCCAGGUUGGGUUACACGGGCUGUGGCCUUGAUGCAGCGCGCAGCGGCCGGCUGGAAACCCUCCCCGAGCAGAGAGGCUCAGCAGACUCUGAGUUUGAUAAUGAAGAAGGAAAACAGUUUUGCUUUUAACUAUGACUUCUCAGGAAGAGGUUCAAGAGACAAAUCCCACUACUGGAAGUCUUGAAAUCAUCUCCGUUACAGAAGAUGAACCGCCAGUACCACAAAUUCAGUUUACCUUCAAAAGAUUUUUCUUCAUACCACAAGCAAGAGUGGACCCGAGUGCAGAUGGAUCUGGAGAUAUUGAACCACCUUCAAUGUGCCAUGCUCUUGUCUCCCUAAAAUACUUCCCAUAUAUCUGUGGUUUAUUCCUUGCAGUAAUCCUAGCAGUUGCCAUUGGUCUGGGUGUCCAGUACAACUGCAUUGGGAAGUUUCGCUGCCGUUCAUCCUUUAAGUGCAUCCAGAAAUCAGCCAGGUGCAAUGGUGUCUUCAACUGUAAAGAAGGGGAGGAUGAGUACAGAUGUGUCAGGCUGAGUGGGAAGAGGGCAGUGCUGCAGGUGUUCACCUUCGGCUCCUGGCGCACCGUCUGCUCCGACGACUGGAGGGCAGAGUAUGGCAACAGCACCUGCAGGCACCUGGGCUUCUCAAGUUAUGUGAGUUCAGGUUACCUGCCCGUGGAUGCAGUUGAAAAACAGUUCCAGAGACAUUUCGUGUCCCUCAGCCACUGGUUCUCAGCAGAUCAAGUGACAUCCCUGCACAAUGCCACCAACCUCAGGGAGGAAUGCACUUCUGGCAAUGUGAUCAUCUUAAAGUGUUUGGCGUGCGGGACUCGGGCCAGCUACGGGCCGCGCAUCGUGGGGGGCAACGCGUCGUCACCGCGGCAGUGGCCGUGGCAGGUCAGCCUGCAGUUCCAGGGCCACCACCUGUGCGGGGGCUCGGUCAUCACCCCCCUCUGGAUCCUCACGGCCGCCCACUGCGUCUACGACCUGUACUUGCCGAGCUCAUGGAGUGUCCAGGUUGGUUUUGUGACUCAGCAGGACACCCAGGCUCACCCCCAUUCAGUGGAAAAAAUCAUUUACCAUCGGAAUUAUAAACCCAAGACCAUGGGGAACGACAUAGCCCUGAUGAAACUGGCAGCACCUCUUGCUCUCAAUGGUCACAUUGAACCAAUCUGUCUGCCCAAUUUUGGUGAACAUUUCCCAGCAGGGAAAAUGUGCUGGGUAUCAGGAUGGGGAGCAACUGUGGAAGGAGGUGACACCUCUGACACCAUGAAUUAUGCAGGUGUUCCUCUGAUUUCCAAUGCAAUUUGCAAUCACAGGGAUGUCUACGGUGGGAUCAUAACUUCUUCAAUGCUUUGUGCUGGUUUCCUGAAGGGAGGGGUGGACACCUGCCAGGGAGACAGUGGGGGCCCUUUAGCAUGUGAAGAUAUGAGUGUCUGGAAGCUGGUGGGCACCACCAGCUUUGGAGUGGGCUGUGCAGAGAAGAACAAGCCAGGGGUGUACAGCAGAACCACCUCCUUCCUGGACUGGAUCCACGAGCAGAUGGAGAGAGAAGAACUGCAGACCUGAGGGAAGUGGCUGUGCUCUGGGCUCCUGAAAACCCACACCACGCUCCAGCCCUGCAGAAGGACCCAGCCCACUCUUCUGGUCACCUGCUCUGAGCCCUGGCCCUUCACAGAGCGCCUUUCACCAUUUCUUUUUGUUGCUGGCAGCUGCACUUGAUGCAAACUGUUGCACAUUCAGCCUGUUUUGGGUGCAAGAUGCAGAUGGAUGAUCAGCACAUGUGUUUACUGUCAGCUACAGAUUUUACAUGGAGGGAAAAAGCUAAGACUGAUAACCCUGAAUGCUGUCACAAACAGUUCUGCAGAAAAAAGACUAGAAUAACUAUAGAUCAGGUUGCUCACUUUUAUUUUAGUACUUACCUUCCAAGAAGCAGACCAAAAAAAUACCUUUUUCCCUGAAAGUAUUCAUAUAGGUCCACAAGAGGUCUGUGCUCUGUUGCACAGGCAGCAGCAGCUUCCUUUGAAUCCAAAAGCAAGCAGGAAGCAGAAGGUUGGCACUUUUGACAAGUAUGUUCAACUCUUAGGAAAAAUAAUCUCUGAAUUCAAAUGUAUUAUCAUGUGUCUGUGAACAAAGUUCAUAAAAAUCAAAUUCUUCUGUGUUUUCCUGCAGUAAAUAGCUCUGAAAUGAGCAACAGGUUGUAACUUGACUUGAAAAUUCUGAGAUUACUGAACUUGAAUGGAAGAGGAGCUUCUUUAUGCCCUGCUUUCCCUUCUUUUCUCUGCUAAUGGGACAAUACAGAUCCCACACCCUUUGUGCCUCCUAGUGACAUCAGUGUGUGGAUGGACUGAUGCCAGCCAGACAAAGGACAAAAUACCUGAAUGCUGCUGUGUUUUCCUGAUUUCCAUUUUAAUACAACAGUCUCAGCUAUUUUCAGGCUGGAAAAUGCCUGAUUGUUUGACACUUGCCCUUUGUAAAACUCCCAGGGUGAAAGUUGUCAAUUUCAGAAUCGAUUGUCGAGGAUGGCGUGGGCUGAAUAAUGGAUAAUAUUGUCAGAGCUUUCCAAAAUCAGCCAAAAUUGAUCUUAUCAUCUGAUCAGGUGCUGGUGAUCUGCUUGAGAUGAGGUUUUGGAUGCAGUCUGCAUGCUUCUCAAUCAGUAUUUGCAUCACCAGUGGUGCAAGAAAGCGCCGGCAGAAUCAGAACUGGAUUUUUGCUGCAAUGCAUCGGGUCAGACCUGAGAGAAAACAGCAAACCCACAUGGACUGCCAGCCUCCACUUGGUUCUGUGGAUACAAACCUUGAUAUCACAGGACACUGCUCCAAAUUCACCCAGACUGAAGAAACUGCAGUGCAAUGGAAACACUUCCCAAGCCUUGCAUGUUGUUAAAAAGAAGAGGGAAUUGUUAUUGCAAAGCUGACACCAAAACUGGAAUUAAUUUCAACUGACAGAAGCAUGACAGAACUACAACAAAGUAUGUUGAACCCUUGGAUAGUUGAGACAUUUUCAGAAGAGUUUUAAUGUUUAUUGCUUGCUAUAAUGACAUUUUCACAGCCCAACACGGCUGAUAUUUUAGUAUUAUCAGCAGUCUGGUGAUGAGGGUGCUGCUCUUGGAGCUGACAGUGUUGUAAUUUCAUAUUUCUGAAAGGACACCUGAAAAAUUCCUUUAGAACUCUUCUGUUUCUAUAAAAAGGCUGUAUGAUAAGUAUCCAUUGUGGUCUACUUUUGUAUUAAAGAGAAAUCCAGUGUAAAAUGUGGAAAGCUACUGAAAUCUUCCCAACCAGAAGCCACACUGACCC